CUGUCAACAAUUUCUGAUAUAUAACCCCCCCCCCCCCUUUCUACACAUGUCGAUCGAGACGAAAGAAAUCACCCUACAGGUGGACGCGUUCAUAUAUAAGCUUAAGCGCCGGCACAUCUCCGGGUCGUACGACGUUGCGCUCGAGACGUCGCACUUCCUCAUGCGAGUCAUCUCCGCCGCGCGCUGGACGCACCCGGACCAGUUGAUCGAGUUGAUGCGACACGUGGGUGCGCGUGUGAUCCGUGCGCAACCGCGUGAGUUCAGCUCGGGCAACGUGAUCCGCCGUGUGUUGGCGAUUAUCCGUGACGAGAUUGAGGCGCACGAGAAGGAGAACAAUAUCAACGAAUCAAUGUUUUCGCUUCUAACCACCAAUGAUGUGGCCAAGAGCACCAAGUCCAAGUUGAAGACGAGUGACUUGCGCUCCUCCACUAUCCAGGGUAUCAGGGACUUGGUCGACGAGAUCAGCAACAUCAACGAGUCGAUCGAGGCGAUGACCGUGGACCUCAUUCAUGACGGUGAGGUGUUACUAACGCCCACAAUAUCGCGCACAGUACUCGAGUUUCUCAUCAAAGCGCGCCUGAAGCGGAAGUUCACCGUUUUGGUCACCGAGUGCUUUCCAAACGAUACCCUGAAUGCACAUGCGUUCGCAAAGACUUUGUCGGACAACAAGAUCGAAACAGUGAUUAUUCCCGACUCUCUCGUAUUUGCGGUCAUGUCGCGUGUUGGUAAGGUGAUUGUUGGCGCGAAGGUUGUAUUCGCGAAUGGUGGCUGCGUCUCGUCUGCGGGAGUUGCGGCCGUAUGCGAAUCGGCGAAAGAGCACCGCACGCCGGUAUUUACAGUUGCUGGCUCUUUCAAGUUAUCUCCGAACUAUCCGUUCGACAGAGAUUCGUUGAUCGAAGUCGGCAACUCUGGUAAGGUUCUCGAGUAUGAUGACAGCGAUUUGGUGUCGGAGUGCCAAGUUUCCAACCCGUUAUUCGACUACGUUCCUCCUGAGCACAUUGAUCUCUGUAUCACUAACGUUGGUGGUUUCUCGCCAAGUUUCAUCUACCGUAUUGUCUUGGACAACUACAAACCGGAAGAUACCAAUCUCUAAUAAAUCCAAUGCUAUGAAUGACGACCUCCAACGAUGCAAUGAUAGACCCAAUACCAUUUUUUUCCCCUUUUUUGAAUGAAUGUGUCCUUCCGGUCUUCAAUUUCCCUGUAAACUCCUUUUCUUUUUAUUUCUUAUGCUCCCAAACCAGCCCUGUGCCUCGCUCGGUCUCAUGUUCCACCCUGAGAUCUUGAGCUGGAUGCUUUAUCGAUAACUACCAAUGGCUCGACUUGUCUUGUCGGCGGUAAGAUACUCGCAAGGGGCAAGAUCAAUCUUAGUCUUUCUUUGAGUGCGAUUACACCAAGCCAAAAGCAAUGGUGUAAUUGUAAUUAUAAGACUUUACAUCUGUAGCGUGUAUAGCUAAUACAUAUUCUUAACCGGAA